AUGAAAAGUGCUAGAUCUCCAUUUAAGAAAUUUGGUCACAGUCGGGAAAAUUCAACUGAUGAGACUAAGAAUGGUGGCCACAAGAGGACUGCAUCGGGCCACAGCGGCCAUAAAUCACAUUCCAGACAACCUAGUGGGUCAAACAUACCGCCUGUCGCAGGGAAUAACAAUACCAAUGGGCACAAACACAAUUCAUCUAGAGCUUCAAACUCCUCACAGAACUCCAAUUUCUUGGCGGAUCAGUAUGAAAGAGACAGAAAAGCGAUCAUAAAGUAUUGUUUCUCCAAGCCUGAUCCAAAGACAGGUGUACCACCGAACAAUUAUAUUACUCAUGUACGAAUAAUAGAAGACUCCAAAUCUCCAAAUAUGAGACCACCACCUGAUUCCAAAUUGGAAAACAAAAAGAAACGUGUUCUAAUAGUGAGUUCGAAAGCUAAUAAUACAAAAGAGGUCCAGCUGCACAAAGCUCGUGAAAAUAGUGACAAAUCGUUUCAAAUUGGAAGAACAUGGACUUUAAAAGAGUUGGUCAAAAUAGAAGCUGACUCUGUUGUGCCUGAGGGGUUCACAUUCACUAUGGGAAAGGUUUAUUAUUGGGAAACAAAUACCGCUAAAGAAAGAACAGUGUUUCUGAAAUCAGUUGUAUCCCUUUACAUUCAAACUUUUGAAGGCAAAGUGCCGGAGUUGAUAAACCUCGACCUAUCCCUAUUUUAUCUAGAUGAGAAGAGUUAUAGCAGAGCUGUAAUCACGAGAAGCCCUAGCUCUAGUUUACCAUCCAGUCCAUUGAGAGCAACCCCAAAUCUCGGUGCUAGUCAUGGCAAUUCUGGUAUACAGCAGCUACAACAAGCAGCAGUUACAGCACCAGCGGCAAUACCACCAAUGAAUAAGGAUCGGGUCUUGAAAGGCUCAAAUGUUACACCAAUCAAUACGAGCAUUUCGAACGUGAUGACUAUGGAUCCACCUAUGAGGUCUCCAAAUAGACAAACUUCAAGAUUGAGUAAUGAUACAGGUGGGCUAUCCAAAUCACCAUAUGCCAACAACACCACAAUUAAUGAUGUUCAUAGAAAUUAUGGUGCACCUGCGCAUUCAAUAAAAAGUGAUAGGCAAGACUCACUUGUCGACAAUUCAAGUGGCAAGUUUUCUAACUCUGAGCUUGGUUCUGAUAAAGUCAUAGCCAACAGUUUGUCCAAAAAUUCAACAAAUGAUAAAGAAGGUAAUGAAAUGGUAUCACAACAUAGCCGCGAAUCCAAGGGCUUCAAGCUGCCAAGUGAGAAAAGAUGGUCAUCUAAUUUACCCGAUGACGAUUCUCGACCAGAUUUUGAUGACUCUGAAUAUAACAAGCCACCUCAGAAUAGGCCACCAGAUCUAACAAACCCAGGUAUGCCAGAAUACUUGGAUAAGCAGAACAAUUCCUUAAGGGAUAGACCCAAAGAUAAUUUACUAGAAGAUUUGAAUGCUGUUUUGGCUAGCGACGAUUUUAAGGCUCCUAAAACUGCUAUGUAUGCAAAUGAAGAUCUCAAUAGCAGUGUAAUAAGCGAAGAUGGAGUGGCUCCUUUGAAUUUAGCUGAAGUCAUACCAUUACAGACAAAAAGUGUUGAAGCAUUAGCUGAACCAAUAGACCUUAAUGAAUCACCUAGAAUGACUGACGACUACCCAAUAAGAGAAGACGUUACAGAAGAUAUGACUGAAUCAUACUUAGAUGAUACAAAAGAAGAUACCACUGAGAUGUCAUUCGAAAAAAAUGAUGAGGUUAGAUAUAGCCAUGGCUACGAACCUCAGAUAGAACAUGUCUAUCACGAAGUAUCUACUAUUCAAGAGGAGCCUGAUUUAGCAAAGGUACCAGCUAGGAACACUGAUAGGCUUAAAAAGGUGGAUGAAGUCCCACCAAUCAAUGUAAAUAUAAAUGAUGAGGCUUUAAUGGAAAUAUUAACAGAUAUACAUUGGGAUGUAGAGAACGAUGAUGCUGACACACUGUUGGAGAAAGUCAACACCAACCUUUCAAAAACAGAGUACAUGUUUAACACUAGUUUACUCACAUUGAGUAAACUAUCUAAUAAUCUUCAACCUUACGAAACUAACGUCAACAAGGCUUGCGAUAACAUUAAUCCUACAUUUUCAUUGUUUUUGAUGGAGAUGAGUAACUGUUCUGAAGACAUAGAUUAUGUCGAAAGUCAGAACAACGGCUUACAGAUUGAAAGUGCUAAUAAAAAGCAAUUAUGGUCAACUCUUGAUAAUCUACUGAAAAUAGUUUCAUUAGACGAGGAAACAUUAAACAAGCUAUUAAAUUGUCCCAUCAGAGAAAAGAACCUACCUUGGAUAGAAGAACAAUUAGAUGCUAUGUGCAAAGCAUAUAAUGCAAUAGAGGGUGCUAAGAAUAAUGACGAGUCAAAUUUGAGAGACCUUGAGGCAUUGAGACAAAGGCGUGAAUUUUAUGAACGUGUUACAAAGUUAUUGAUUGAUAGAAUGGUUGAUGAGUUAGGAAGACGCUUUUCAAAUCUUCACAAUUCUAGCACAUCGAGUGAACAAGUAAUGAAUAUCCUGAACAAUUUACUUGUUUUUUCUCCUUUAAUUCUAUUUUGUAAAAUAAUGUCCCCAGAGUCUUAUGAAAAGCUAUUGGAGUUAUGGAAUGCCAAUUCACAAGCCAUUCAUAAAACCAUAUGGGAUAAGGAAUUUGCAAAGCUUGACAAGAAUGAAAUAAUGGAACUGAAAGCCAAUCAUGCAAUAUUGAUGGAGAAAGGUACAGAGCAACUAUUAAAGCAAUGGAAGCAUUUUAAAACUACCAGGAAAACAACAACAGAUGAGCCUAUAUACGGUGAUAUUCUGGUUUCAGUACUUGAAAUGUUAGAGUCUCUCCAGAAACAAUGUAUUUAUUACCAAAAUUUUAUUGAUCUCUACUUUCACAUUUCCUCUACACAGAACUUCACAGAAGCCAUAAAAGCCAAGUACUCACCAGAGUAUAAUCAUUCACUUUUAGCAUCAAUUCAUUGCAUAGAAUCAGAUAGGGAGGCGGCAGUGAAAAAAAUGGAUAUUGUUUCAAAGGCUUUCCAAUCUGUUGUUACUUCUAUUUCUGUUAAAAUCUCAGAUAUUUUGAAGGAGGAAAAUAGUGUCGCACCUGCUUUGAUGUUAUAUCUUGAACAAAAAAUAAAGGAAUUAGAAUCGACCAAUCAAGAUUAUCUGUCCUCGGCAUACAAUAGAUUACUUGCUCAAAUAAACCAAAGCUGGUCUGAAUUCUUAGAGGAAUCUUUGGUCCAAAUGGAAAGAUCAUUCCAUGGUGCAUCUCUUUCGGAUGCUUUAACGGUGAUUAACAAUACUGCGGUAUAUAUGAAAAAUAUUCAGGACCUCUUUGAAUACAUUCAGAGUCAAAUGAAGAUUGAGAAUACUAACACUUUUGACACUGUGUCCAUUGUGGAGACAGGAUGCACGACUUUAACACUAAGAGUAUCGAAAAUACUGGAUAGAAAGAAUGAUGGGGGAAGCAUUAUCAGUGGGAUUCAAGGAAAUAAUAGUCAAGAAGACAUUGAGAAUACAAUUGCACUAAUUAUCAACAGUAAUUCAAUGGUUGAAUUUCUGAUGGUAUUGAACAAUUAUAUGGGGGGAAUACUAGAAAGCUCAUUACAAGAAUCGAAAAAUAUAUUUGAUUGUGAAAAGGAAAUAUAUGCGGCAUAUAUUUUACGCGAAACUAUGCCUAAAUUAACUUCGUUUGUUAAUGGUGCAACCAAUAUGUUAAAUACACAAUCUGCUAUGAAUAAUGCCAGGUUUGCAGCAUAUAGCAAGCAUAACCUUCAAAACAUACUAGCAGGUUACUCUAGCAAAGAUAUUGGUGUAAUAAUCGAGAAAUUCCAUCAGCGUAUUAUUGAACAAUUCAAUCCCAAUGGUGAGCUUAACCCUAUGGAAAUAGUACUAUGUGAUAAACUUUGGUCUUGCUUACAAGGUAAUACGGUUUCGCUGUAUUUAAAACUUCAGACAUUAAUUGAAAAAGUUUAUCCCGGCGUUUCCGCGAAAUUCACGAAGAAUGACAUUAUUAGUGCAUUUGAAAAGUAUAGAAAAUAG